GCUCGCUGCCCCAGUCGCUGCUUUUUUUUUUCCGGGUUCGGAGCCGUUCCGGAUGCUUUUGGCUGCCGGAUGUCUGGUCUCCGGAUCACUGAGGCGUCUCUGUACAUGGAUUAUCUGUGUUUUAGAGCACUCUGCUGCAAGGGUCCACCACCUGCACGACCAGAGUAUGACCUGGUUUGCAUAGGCCUCACGGGGUCCGGCAAGACCAGCCUGCUGUCAAAGCUGUGCAGCGAAAGUCCCGACAGCGUAGUGUCGACGACAGGUUUUAGUAUAAAAGCAGUGCCAUUCCAGAAUGCCAUCUUGAAUGUAAAAGAACUCGGAGGGGCUGAUAAUAUUCGGAAAUACUGGAGCCGCUACUACCAAGGAUCUCAAGGGGUAAUAUUUGUGUUAGACAGUGCCUCAUCAGAAGAUGAUUUAGAAACUGCUAGAAAUGAACUGCACUCAGCUCUUCAGCAUCCACAAUUAUGCACUUUACCCUUUUUAAUACUGGCCAAUCAUCAAGACAAGCCAGCGGCUCGCUCAGUACAAGAGGUCAAAAAAUAUUUUGAACUUGAGCCACUUGCACGUGGAAAACGUUGGAUUCUGCAGCCCUGCUCCCUGGACGACAUGGACACACUGAAAGACAGCUUCUCUCAGCUGAUACAUUUGUUAGAAGAGAAAGAGCAGGACGCCGUCAGAAUGUGAAGUCUGGCCAAGCCAACGGGCUUCCUCCAAAGGCCUUGGGCCUGUCGCAUUAGAUUCUCGUUUUUAUUUUAUUUUAUUUUAUUUUGGUAUCAAGACUAUCAUGGCUUCCGUCUAUUUUCUUCUCAUUAGCUCAGACUCCCAUCUCUCAAUUAAAGUGGAUAUUCUGUAAACCAGGUGAAUUAUCAUCGGCAUUAAUGUCAAGUACACACUACUGAGAGAGAAUUUAUUCUCUGUUUACCACUAAUUAUCUUCACCGCAUGUCUCUUCCUUCUGUUGUUCUAAGCGUCUCUCCUCUCCUCUGCGAAAAGGCAGGAAUUCACGGCUCUCAGAAAUUAAAUCCCUUACGAAGGCUUCCAAAAGGCUCACAAGACUUUGACUAAUUUUCCCUGGGCUCCAGCCGGGUGGCGCGUCCUGUGACGGGAGCUUCACACAACAUGUAUAUCAUUUUCAGACUCUCUUGAGGUUUCAUUAUCAUUAUUUGGUUGACUGACCUUAUAGACUGAGACAAAAAUGAGCACCAAGAAUAACCAUCAUUUAGUCACCUUACCAGCAAAGAGACUAGUCCCCGAGUGAGGCUAACGUGGAGAAUUGAGAGACAAGACACACAAUGUCUCUACUUACACCUGCAGAGAUUACUGUCUUCUGAGCGGAGACCUGUUCUGGUUUUUCUAGACGGAUUCAAGGAAACAGGGGCACAAUGCAUGCACCACUGAUUCCUAUCUGAUCAAGGCCCCAAAUAUUUUUUAAUGGAAAUAUUACUCUGCAUAAAGUCAACCUGCAACAUAGUAUAGGUACCUUUCCGCCCCCAAAUCCAAGGUGUGUGUUCGAUUCAAACAGAGGAAAUAAUAGUUAAAAGAAUGCAUGAUUUUAAAAAAGAAAGUGCAGCCAAAGUAAAUAUAGUUGUUUCAACUGGCAUGGAUUGUGACAGAGAUAUCAAAGACAGAAUCAUCUGUAUAUUUAUUCAUUAAGUGCUAAUGUAAUUUAAUGGAGUCUGUUAAUGUCUCCGUCUAGUAAUUAAAGGUCUAUCAGUAUUUCUAUUAUAAACCUCUAUUUUCAGGGGUUCCAAUGUGCCCUUAAAAGUGAACUGUGGGGACUGCAGCGAAUAAAUCAUUUUAGGGCCCAGAUCCAGUCUUUGGAGCUAAUUUUUUCCCCAUUUAGUUGAAAUGAUAAAAUUAUGUAGAGCUAAGUGCAUAGUCACAGAAAGAUUGGAGGCCUUUGACCUUUUCUAAAUCAGGAAUCAUCCCUGGAUAUUGAAGUUUGUGGAUCAAAUAUCCUUUGGUGUAUUUUGUAGACUUCCGAGCCUACAAUACUCAUUGGCCAAAUGAUAGCAUACUGCUCCCUCCAUACACCUGAGCAAUAAAAACACGGUUUCAUUUUGAGGCUGGAUAGACCGCUGCCCACAUCCCACAGACUCGCACUGCGUUCCAGGGCCGUGCAAUCCCCUGUGAUCCAGCCGUGUAGUGUGACCUCUGGCAGACCCAUACCGCCCUGACAGGGUCGUGGUUGUGGUUUAAUCUCAUCGGGUGGGCUUUAAUGAAAGCAUUACCUGGGCCACACGGAGCCCUUCUUGAAGCUUUGUAAAAAGCUUCACAGCGAUCUGUCUACCGCUUUGCCGACAGUGUCCUAGGCUCUUCCUACGCUGGGUGGUCCGUGAGCAGCACCCCAGUUUUAUCCCGAUAACCCGCCACCUGGUCCUUUUGCUUCCGUUUUGCCCUGUGGUGCUUGUUAUCUGUGAAAAGGAAAGGAUCUAGGCAUUGCUUCCCCGGCAAGUUCACGAAAUGUAGACUGUCUUUUUCAGAUACCGUGGCUGAGUGCUGCAAGCCAUCUGUUAAAUGACUCCCCGUUGUCUGUGUGUGUGUGUUCAUGUGUGCGCUGGGGAUGGGCUUCUCCUCAGACCCACGACUGUCUGCAGGGUCUCAGCCGUCAGAAGGAAAACAUUAUCAAUCAGUGCCCAACAGCAGCUGUUUGUGACAAGUUUCCGUCUGACGCCUAAUGCUUUACAACUGUCAGCAAGGUUCCUUCUUUGUCUAGCAGUUCGAAACUCUCUGCCUUGCGGCUGCCUUGCCACAGCAUCCUGUCCUGGUAACUCUGGAAUUUGCCAUGUCCGGGAAAUCCACGCAGCGGGGAGGGCCGGGAUUCUGCACGCGGGUGGGUGUGAGAGUGUGUGCGCGUGUGUGUCUUAUUCCUGUUUGCGUGUAAAGUGCCACAGGUGUCUUAGCUUACAUCUUCAAAUAUUAUAUAGGAGAAACAGUCUGUUAUGUAUUUCUAAACUUAGCUUCUUGUUCUAUUUAUGGAAGUUACUGGGUUUUGUACCUUCUUAGCUAAAGCAGUUGCCUUUUGCAAUGGCAAUUAAUUUAUAUGACAAAACUUUCUAUCUACUGUAGUUUACAGUUUUGGUUGCUAAUUAACUGCCAUAUUGCCCUGUCUUUCUAUUAAAAUGAUCCUCCCACUCCUUACUUAUCAACUCUGUUAGCCAACAUUUCAUAUCUGACAAUGGUUAAAGACACAAAGACACCCAGACCAUUUUACACAUUCAUGGUGACUAUCAACAGUAAUGGGCUCUGAGGUACACGGCAAGAGUGAGCCUGGGGCUGACAGUUAAGGACAUGUGUUAGUUUGGCUGCACCAUGCUUUUCAAUGGCUCGACCGUUAUGUAAUUAUGUAAUUGGUCACUUACAUCCAGGCAGCCCCAGUUAACCAUGUCCAGCCUAGGGACAGCUCCUACUUCCCCUUUCACGUUACAGACAUUUGCCCUCACUUUGAAACCUACUACUUACUCCAAAUUCUUCAUCACAGUCACCUUGUCUGGCACUCACACAAAC